AGUACUCCUCCUUCAUUAUCAUCAGGGGACAAGAUGCGAAGUGGCCAGAAAUCAGAAUUGAUUGAUUGUCUCGAAGCUGAUGUGCAGACCACCUGUCCAAAUGUUGAUGUCAAAAUCUUGGAUGCCGCAGCUAUUGUAAACAUGCUUAGCCCAGGGAAGUGUAAGACCUUUCAAGAAUACUCCAAAUCAGUGUUUGUUCCUUAUAUUGUUCAACAAGCAAAUGGUAUUAGAAGAAUAGAUCUUGUUUGGGACCGUUAUAUACCCGACAGCCUUAAGCAGGGUACUCGUUCAUCGCGAGGCGCUGUAGGGGCAAGAAGAAGAGUAUGUGACAUGGCUGUGAUCCCUGCAAACUGGAAAUCAUUUUUAAGAUCAGAUGACAACAAACAAGAACUUUUCAAGUACCUCAGUCAGGCAGCAACAUCGAUUCAACUGCCAAAUGUUACAAUUGUAAGCAUUGAGGAAGACAUAAUAAGUUCGAAGCCAAUCGAAAAAGAUGAGUUAGCUCCCUGCAAUCACGAGGAGGCCGAUACGCGCAUUUUCAUUCAUGCAAACCAUGCAGCGAAAGGUGGAAUGAGGAAAAUUGUCAUAAGAACUGUAGACACAGAUGUUGUUGUGUUAGCAAUAGCAAACGUGCACAAGUUAGAUGUAGAUGAACUUUGGAUUGCUUUUGGUGUUGGUAAACACAUGAGGUACUUACCAAUUCAUAACAUUACACAAAGUCGUGAGGAGCAAUGUGAAGCCCUACCCUUCUUUCAUGCUGUCACUGGUUGUGAUACUGUGUCGUUCUUUGCUGGAAAAGGUAAAAAGACUGCAUUUCAAGCCUGGAAGUCUUUUCCUGAUGUUACCAGUGUGUUUCAGCUUCUUUCAUCUCCAAAAGAAUCCAUCUCAGAAGAAGAAAUGGAAAAAAUUGAAAGAUUUAUCAUUAUUAUGUAUUCCCGCACAUGCCCGCUCUCCAACAUCAAUGAUGCUAGACAAGCUAUAUUUGCACAAGGUACUAAGACAAUCGACCACAUUCCACCAACCCAAGCCUCCUUGGUACAGCACAUUCGGAGGGCAACAUAUCAGGCUGGUCAUGUUUGGGGUCAGUCGUUAGUUUCAGUUCAACAGUUACCGCUUCCUUCGCAGUGGGGAUGGCAAAAUAAUGGCAGAUGGAUUCCUACAUGGAGCACUCUUCCAGAGGCUUCCAAAGCGUGCAACGAACUGGUGCACUGUGGUUGCAAGAAAGCAUGUAGGGGCUUGUGCAAAUGUACCAAGUCCAAUCUUCCAUGCACAGCAUUGUGCAAAUGUGGUGGUAGCUGUUACCAAGAUUAAUAAGUAAGUAAUAUUCCCUAAAUAAUCCCGAAAAUGAAUCAAAAGAAUACACUGCAGUGAAGACGACAGGUGAUACAAUAUCAUUAUUAAACAUUUUCAUGCUCUUGUAAAAAUUUAAUAACACCAAUAAAUCAAGAAAUCCCAAA